UAUCAGCUUUUGUUCUCCUACAGGUAUCCCAACAUCUCUUGUGAGCUGCUUACGUCAGAUGUGGGACAGAUCAACGACAGACUGGGAGAAGAUGAAAAACUGCUGAUGAAACUCUACAGCUUCCUCCAGAAUGAGCCGCCGCUCAACCCACUCCUGGCCAGCUUUUUCUCCAAGGUGCUGUCCAUUCUCAUAGGACGCAAACCUGAACAGAUAGUGGAUUUUCUGCGGAAGAGGGAGGACUUUGUAGACCUGAUGAUCAAACACAUCGGGACAUCUGCCAUCAUGGACCUGCUCCUCAGAAUGCUCACCUGCAUCGAACCACAACAGCUAAGACAGGACGUUCUCAAUUGGCUGAAUGAGGAGAAGGUGAUUCAGAGACUGGUAGACAUGGUACAACCUUCUCAAGAUGAGGAUGUGAGUUUCUCCCAUACUUCACUGUUUCUUCCAAUUGCCAACUGGAGAUUUAAGUCCCCUGGCCUCUUUAUGAAUCAUUGA